AAAAUUUAAUCUAAAGGACGUGUUAUGACAUUACUUUGACCCUGAGGCAGUUUAAUGUUGUUAUAUGAUAAUCGCUUAAUACUAUAACAUCAUAAAGCUUAUGGAAUAACAACAAUAUUUUCAUGAUUUAAAUAUGUUACAUUUAAAUUUGUUUUUGCUGGCGUUGCCACUGCUCAACACAUGCUUGCAACACAUUUUCCAGCCAGCGGAAGCGAUAACGUUUCAUCAGCCAGAAGAAAAGCCAAAAGCAAACUCCGCCGAUUAUUUACAAAUCCUCGACGAGUUUAAAAUUCAUACUGUGAUACGACCGCAGGUGCAACAUGGACGCACCAAGCGCAGCCUGCUCACCACUCUGGAUGCCACCAACGGCCUUCACGCGCCGCACAUUAGCCUGAGCUACACCCACGAGGGCCAACGAAUCACCAUCGACCUGCAGCGAAACGAUCGCCUGCUGCCCGACAACCACUUCCUGCGGACCCAGAACUCCUCCAGCGGAGCAGAAACCGCUGGCCAUGUGGUGCGCCACUUCACCAAGACUGAGGUUGAUUUAUGCCACUAUCAGGGACACAUUCGUGGUCGACCGAAUUCUAUGGUUGCGCUGUCCACCUGCGAAGGUGCUCUUAACGGCCUCGUUUUCGAUGGGAGGCAAACAUACUUCAUCCAUCCCCAUAUCCAUGGAAGUGGACGUCUGGAGGACGACCACUAUCUGCUCAAACAGGCGGACAUGCAUCCCACGAACGCCACCUGUGGCUACGAUAGCCACAAGGACGAUCACAGCCAUGACCACGAGGAUAACGAACUGGGAGCGGAGAUUCCUGCACUGCCACUCCCCCUCGAUGGCGGAGAAUUCCAGCGAACCCUGCUCCGAAGUAGGCGACAGGCCGACGACAGCAGUCAACUGAUCCGAGGACCCUACAAUGCCAAUAAGCACUCCAGCUACGUGGAAUUGGUCAUCGUCGUGGACAACAAGGUGUACAAGAACUUUCAGGAGAAUGCCAGGAAGGUUCAUCAGCACUGCAAGACGCUGGCCAACAUUAUCAAUUCGCUCUAUGUGCCGCUGAAUAUAUUUGUGGCACUGGUGGGCGUUGUGAUCUGGAACGAGUCAAACGAAAUUACUUUCUCCAAAGACAGCGAUGCUACUCUGGAAAACUUUCUGAGCUACCGGAGGAAGAAGCUGAUGGUGCAGCACCCCAAUGACAACGCCCACCUGCUGACCAUGGAAACCUUCGACGGAGGCGUUGUCGGGAAGGGGCGGAUUGGCUCUUUCUGUACGUACGAAAGUUCCGCCGGACUAAGCGUGCAGAAGAGCGCCAAUCCGGCGGUGGUGGCCACCACAAUGGCCCACGAAAUGGGGCACAACUUUGGCAUGACGCAUGAUUCGCCUAACUGCGAUUGUCCGGAUAAACAGUGUAUAAUGGGUGCCUCGAGUACCUCGUUUAUCCCGGUCAACUGGAGCAGAUGCAGCAUCAAUCAGCUCACGAUAUCUUUCUCACAAGGAUUGGACUAUUGCCUGCGGAACAAGCCAGAAAGAUUGUUAGAGUCGCCCACCUGUGGCAACGGAUUCGUGGAGCCCGGGGAGCAGUGCGACUGCGGAUUGCCGGAGCACUGCGAGAAUGCCUGCUGCAACGCCAAGACCUGCAUGCUCCACGCCAACGCCUCCUGUGCCACCGGGGAGUGCUGCGAUCUGACCACCUGUCGUCCCAAAUUGGCGGGCAGUGCCUGUCGGGAGGAGGAGAACGAGUGCGACCUGCCGGAGUACUGCACGGGGGAAUCGGAGUACUGUCCGGCGGACGUCUUCCGGCGGGACACGGAGCCCUGUGACGGCGGGAAAGCCUACUGCUUCCAAGGAACCUGUCGCUCCCACUCCUCACAGUGUCGCACUUUAUGGGGCCCAACGGGCCAAAACUCCGAACAUUGCUACAACAAUAACACGGAAGGGACUCGCCUGGGCAACUGCGGUUAUAACCGCCUUAGCAAUACCUACUUGCCUUGCGAAGAGCAGGAUGUCAAGUGCGGCAUGCUGCACUGCGACCACUUGAACGAUCGCCUCCAAUUCGGAGUGGAGUCGGCAGCCGUUCUAUCGGAUUACUACAUUAUCCACCAACGCAAGACAGUCCGCUGCCGACCUUCCUUGGUGGAUCUGGGUCUGCAGACGAUCGAUCCUGGCCUGACGCCCAAUGGAGCCAAGUGCGGUGAAAACAAGAUGUGCGUGCAUCAGCGAUGCUUGGAGGUGGCUGAGAUACGCCAGCAGGGCAUAGGAACUCCCUGUCCGGACGACUGCAGUGGCAAUGGCAUUUGCAACAGUCGUGGUCACUGCCACUGCGAUGUGGGUUUUGGCGGGGAGUCCUGCUCCAAGGCGGGAUCAGGAGGAUCACCGGACAGUGGACCAGUUAUGGAUCCUAAUGAAUCUCUAGGACUCACGAUAAUCCUGUGUGUGGUGCUUUUCUUCCUGCUGCUCGCCAUGAUCGGAUUCUGUUGCCUGUGUCUGUGCUACAAGAAGGGAAUGUUGACCCGCGGAAAGCUUUCCCAAAAUAUGUAUGUAUCGACCUCCUCCUUCAGCAUCGGCAUGAAAGGGAGCAACAUCCUCGCCAGCAGCAGCACCACCGCAAAGAACCCUGCACGAACUGCACCACCACCUCCAACUCAGCCACCUGUUGUUGUAUUUAACACUGCUUCGGCCACCAAUACUGACAUGCAUGCCAAUCCUGAUGCAGUGCAUCAGAUUCACAACCAGCCACUUUCUGUUCCCAGGAGCCCAAGAUUAUUUCUCCCCUCUUCUUUCUCCUCCACUAACAACAACACUGAGUUACUCAACAAAAAUGGGGAAACACAAGGACGAAACCUGGUCAUAACGGCCCCACUGCUGCAUGCCACCACAAAUCCUCUAACUCUUUCCGAGGGCGUCCAGUUCAUACAGAGCGACCCCACGAAAAGAAUCCACAAAUAAAACACAGCGAAAUAUUUCCGCACCAUAGUCCAAUAGCAGGAAUU